AUGGACGGCGGAGGCGACGGCGCAACGAUCGGAAAAGUCCGGCUCGAACCAGACGUCGAGACGAGGCUUUUGGGACCGGUCUCGAGAGCUGAGGUGGCAGGAAGUGGUGGCAACGUGGUGGUUUCCGGUUCGGUUGAACAGUGGCUCGUGGGGGGGAGAGGGGUUUACGCGAAGGGAGGAGGGCUCGGGAGAGAGAGAGAAAGUGUAGGGGUAUAA